CUAGACGCCUCUUGUCAGUUCAACAACCAAAAAGAAAAGCCAACAGCGACCAUGGCGGCCCUGUCGCCGACGUCGGCCAGCAGCACGCUGGGCCCGUCGAACCCGACAACGCCCACGACGCCCUCGUCGACGGCCGGCCCAGCCUCUGCUCCUGCCUCUGCCUCGUCCUCAUCGGCGACCAACGGACAGGUACAUGCGCCCAAGACCGAGCCAUAUCGGCGGUGGGAGCCGCUGGCCAAGAUCCAGUAUGGCUUUGCCGUCUCGCCCUUUGUCCCCGAGCUCGACUCGCUCGAACUGUCGGCCGCGGCGGCCGCAGCAGCAGGCCUCGAUGACAGCACCGUCCAGGCGAUCCAGGCACAUCUCAUCGGCCUCGAGGUCGGCGAUGAGGUCUACGUCUUUGAGCAGCUCGGCCACACCGAUGUGAGCUGGUGCCGCGGCUAUGUCGUCUCGACGACACGCAUCCCACAGACGGCGACGACGACGAGCAGCCUGUCGGACUACAGCACGUUCCCAAGCACGAGCACCGCGGGCGCUGGCGCCGGCCUCGUCGAGGAGCCCCAGGUGUACGUGGGCAUUUUCCCCCGUGCCCACGUCCACAUCCGCGAGCACCUCGACGAUGCAGAGAUGCGCCUCGCCGAGGUGCAUGCGCGUGCCAAGGAGGCCGGCAUCGUUGGUGCCACAUCGCCCCCGCCAGACAGCAGCAGCAACAACAGCAAACAGCAGCAGCAAGCCUCGUCGAGCCACAUGGAGACGCUGCCAGAGGAGGACGAAAACGUGCCGAGCCAGCCUACGAGCCCGCUCAUGGUCACCAUCAAGCCGGGCGAGGUCACCUCGCCGGGAGGAGGGGCUGCGUCGGACAAGGGCAAAGUCACCUUUGACAACUCGCGCCAGUCCUUUGUCCUCCAGGAGGCACAGCCCGACGAGGACCGGCCGCCGCCGCCGCUGCCGAGCCUCAAGUGCGGCGAUGAGACAGCCAGCGGCGCGACGGAGCCGCUGGUCGACGAGAUUGCAUGCUCGCUGCGCGAGUGGAGCACCCUCAUGUACGCAUACCUCGCCAAACGCGACUACACCCUCUUCCAUGCCGUGCGCGAGCACAUCGACGUCCUCCAUGCCGCUCGCCGCCAGCUCCUGGCGCAGACGCUGAGUGCCGAGGAAGUGGCCAAGCUGCGGCGCGAGUGCGUCGCCCGCCUCGUCAAGGGAAAUGUCCAGCAGGGCCUCGAUGUCAUUGUCAGGCACCCCGGUCGCGGCGGCCUCGUCGACGUCGACUUUACGGGAAAGGAAUCGGACCCCGAGAGCUGGGUUAGUGGCAUCCGUCUCUAUGCGCUCCAGGUCGCCCUCGCCUAUGUGGACCAGCAGGCGCAGACGUCCACUGGCGGCGGCUCCAUGGAAGUAGCCCCGUCGAAUGCCUUUGGCAUUGUCUCGCCGUCGACUUCCAAGGCUGGCAUCCUCGGCGGUGGCGCGGGGUCCUUUACCUCGUCGGCCAGACGGGCAGGUGCACGGCAACCGUCGAUGACGCUCGUCAAUCGACGCAGCAGAUCAGCCACUCUGACCAGUGCCGAGGCACCCGACGACAGCGCCGUCAAGUACUUCCACGUCUAUCUCGAUGUGCGCGCCUUUGUCGCCAGCCCCUGCCUUCCCGGAGAGACGGCCGAGCUCUACUUUUCCCUCUACAACAAGGCCGAGGCCCGCUUCCUGACCGAAGAGUACUGCGUCGUCGUCAAUAGCCAAGGCGUGCCCGCGCGCGAGGCUGGUGAGAAGCUCGGCAAGAUGAAGGCCCUCUUCACCGACCUGUCGUCCAACGACAUGCAUGACCUCAACGUCGUCUGCCGCAUCGUCCGCAACGGCUCCAUGCGCCUCAACAGCAGCUCCGACGGCAGCCGGGGCAGCGGCCUCAAUGCCAGCAGCAGCUUCAGUGGCACCAUUGCAGGCGCCUUUUCCCAUUCCCAUCCCCACGACAGCAGCAACGGCAGCGGGUCUGCGGCGCUCACCACUCUCGACAACGACCCCAACCUGGCGGGCUCUCCUGCCUUUAGAAAAUCAAAGAUGACGACGGACCGGACAUUUAGACGCCCCUUUGGAUGCGCCGUGCUCGAUCUGGGCCAGGACCACCAGUUUCAGACGGACACAGCGUCGAGCAGCCCGCUCAAGGAGCAUGUUAUGCCAAUCUUUGUCCCCGCCAACGAGGCUGCCUUCAGCACGCUGCACCAGGACAUCAUUGCUUCGAGGAUCCGCGAGUUUGAAAAGUCGCCCCGUGCCGAGCUCAUUGCCAUCAGCGUCAAGGUCUUUCACGGCGAGACGUCGACGCUCGUGCGCGAGAACCCCAGUCUGCUGCAGGACACGCCGCUGACGGCGCGGCUGGGCUUCCCAGACGUCGUUUUCCCCGGCGACAAGCGCAACGAGGCGUACAUCAAGCUCUGGAGCGGCGAGUUCUUCCCCCAGAGCAGCAAGGUCCCUGGAGGCAACACGCCAAAGAACAUUCAGGUCUCUGCCGAGGUCCGCACAAAGGACGGUCGCGUGCUCGAGAACGUCGUGUCGCGCGGCGCAGGCGAGUCGCUCGUCACCCAGUUUGACAGCACCGUCUUCUACCACCAGAAUGCGCCGACGUGGGGCGAGCUGCUGAAGCUCGAGCUGCCCAACGAGGUCAUGGAGCACUGCCACGUAUUUUUCUCCUUUCGCCACCGCAGCUCCAAGGAGGAGCGUGGCUUCAGCAGGGACCAGAAUGGUGCAGGUCAGUCGGCCGUCAAUCUGCCGUUCGCCCACGCCUAUCUGCCCCUCUUUGGCGCCAACUCGGCUUUCAUCCCAGACGGCAGCCAUACGCUCCUCCUCUGGCGAAGCUCGCGGCCUGCGCAGCAGCUCAGCCCCGAGCUCUACUUCACCUUGCCCCCCACCGUCGAGGUCGGCCGGUCGCUGGCAGACUCGCUGCCCCAGAGCCUGUCGAGCGUGAUCCAGCCGCUGCGCGACACAAUGACGCUCCGCACCUUUCUCGUCUCGACGCGCUACACGCAGAACGAGGUCCUGCUCAAGCUCCUCAGCUGGGAAAAGGUCCUGUCGGAGAGCCUCGAGGAGAUGAAGUCCGUCCUGGUCAAGUUUACCUUCAUCGGCGAAGUUGAGAUUGUCAAGUUUCUCCGCGACAUCUUUGAUGCCCUCUUUGGCAUCGUCGUCAGCCCCAAGAAUGGGUCGGGCGAGCUCGACGAUCUCGUCUUCCAGGCCCUCGUCACUGUGCUGGGCAUCGUGUCGGACCGCAGAUUCAACAACUUCCAGGCCACUCUCGACGUCUACAUCGACCAGCAUUUCCACUCGCAGACGGCCUACGGCAGAAUCAUGUCGUCCAUGUCCCGCCUCCUCGCUGAGCCGACGAGGACGGAGACGUCAAAGGACCUGCGCGCCGCCGUCAAGGUCUGGCCGUACCUCUUCAAAUUCAUGAUCAGGAGCCGCGAAAACCAGCGAGGAGUCAAGGACCCACUGGGCGCGCUGGGCGGCGCCGUCAGCGACCACUUUGAGACGAGCUUCAAGCGUGACCUCGACUCGCUGCUGAGGAGCAUCAACCGCAUGAUGGCCACCACCAAGCCGAGCUCCAUUAUUGGAACGCAGACGCUGGCACUGCAGCACUUUGCCGGCAUCCUCCCCGACCUGGCCAGGGUGUAUCCGCUGGAGGAGCUCGUGCGCGUCGAGACGGCCUUUGCCGACAGCAUCUUUGUGACAAAGGGCCGCAUGAGCGUCUGGAAGCUUCUGCACAUCCUCCACGUCACCCACGACACGCUCUUUGAGGACCACGCCUCGCGCUCGCAGCUCUUGCCCAGCCUCAUCCGCUGGGUCCGGCCCCACCUUGGCGCGUAUGACGAGAGCGCACACACGAGCCCGGGCGACCAUGAGGGCGUGCGCGACUCGGCCCGCGUCGCCUGGGUCGAGGCUGCGAGGCUGGCAGUGACUGUCAUUGCCGUGAUGCUGGACAAACUGCAGGUCAGCCUCGUCGAUGGACGCAAGGGCAAGAGCACGCAGCAGGAGCUUCGCCAGGAGCAGGACAACGUCGACUACAUCCUGUCGAUGAUGCCCAAGCUGCUGGAAACGUACAAGGAGCUCGAGAGCCCAGAGACGCUGCAAGCGAUUGAGCGGCAUAGAUCGCCCUCGACGGUCUCGUCUUCGGUUCCCGUCAUUUUCCCGUCGAGCUAUCCGUUCCCGCUCCUGGCAAAGAAGCCAGUCGGGCAGGUCUCGCCACCGCCGACGAGAGCAUCGAGGCGACACCUUCGCAAGGAGCACCCUGCCAUGCUCAACUGCGGCCUGGGCGAGAUUGCAGCCGUGCUCACGGUCCUCAUCAUGCUGAGCCCGCGAAGGCACCUGUCGGGCUUCCUCGACGAGCAGCUCGACAUUGAAGGGCGCGAGAAGCUGAGCAGCUUCCUCUUCAACUUCUUCGACGUCGCCACGAGCAUUCUGCUCAAUGAGGCUUACCCUAGCAGCUGGCUCAACAUCAACAUUCUCGCCCAUCAGAUGGUGCUGAAGAUGGCUGAUCCACUUGCUGGUCUUCUCGUGCGCGACUUUAUUCCGCCUGCCGACCAGUCGCAGACGUUUGACACGGCCCUCUGGCGCGCAGGGCUCAACAUGCUCCUGACGCUCCUCUCGAGCGACCAGCUCGUCAUUGAGCGAUUCAAGCCUCAACGCCGGCGAGCCGUCUGGCGCUUGGCGGGCGACAUCCGGGGCGAGGGUGCGCAGAUUUUCGCCAAGCUGUGGAACUCGAUUGGCUGGCCCGACCAGGCCGCGACUGCCAGCACGGAAAUUGUGGGACCCGGCCGGCUCAACACGGGUGGGUUCCAGGUCCAGUUUGUGCCCUCGCUCGUCGAGCCGGUCCUGGAGCUGUGUUUGAGCCAUCACGACGAGCUGCGGACCUGCGCCGUGCGGGUGCUCGCGACGAUGAUCACCUCUGAAUGGCACCUCAAUGGCGACUUUGGCGUCAUCGAGGCCGAAAUCAUCGACAAGCUCGACGUCCUCUUCAUCACCGAUACGCAGGGCGACGAGAUCUCGAGGGCUUUCUUCAUCGGCCAGCUCCGUUCCCUUUUCGACGGGCCGCAGGUCAAUGAGAAAUUGCGUGAGCAGGUGCACGGCUGCCUGGUCAGCGUGAACCGCUUCUUGGAUCUGCUCCUCAGCGUGCGGGGCCUGCCGCUGGAGGAAGGCUUCGAAGACGAUCGCGUCUCUGGCACACUCAAGCUGCUCGGCUUCCUCAGGCAGGCCAAUCGCGUGACGGCCUUCUCGACGCAUGUCCUCCGCCUCGUCAAUUUGCAUCUCGAGAACCACAACUACGUCGAGGCCGCCCUGACGCUCAAGCUGCACGCCGACCUGCACACGUGGGACAUGAACAGCUUUGUUGAGCCGAUUGCCGAUCUGGAUCUGCCGAGGCAGUCGCACUUUGCGCGAAAGGAGACGCUGUACAUGCUCAUCCUCGACUACCUUGCCAAGGGCCAGGCCUGGGAGAUCUCCAUCGACAUCUGCCGGGAGCUGGCGAGAGAGUACGAGCACCGGUCGGUCGACUACAGCCGUCUGGCCGACGUGCUUACGCUCCAAGCCGGCCUAUUCCAGAAGAUUGCCGCAGUCGAGCGCACCUACCCAAGCUACUUCCGCGUCGCUUACUACGGCGAACAGUGGCCUGCCAGCUUGCAGGGCAAGAUGUUCGUCUACCGGGGUUUGGACUGGGAGAAGUUUGGUGCGUUCUGCGAGAGGCUGCACCAGAAGCACCCAAAGGCCACCUUGAUCAAGAGCACGCUCUUGCCCGGUGACGAUGUGCGAUUCGGACCAGGCCUCUUCAUCCAGAUCACCGCGGUGCAGCCCGAGCCAGACAAGACGAGGGAUGUCUUUACCAACCCAGAAACGCCGCCGGUUGUGAGAGCAUACUACGAGCACAACACGACGAAUCUCUUUUCCUACACGAGGCCACUUCCCAGGCCAGCGAGCCUGGGUUCGUCAACCGAGACCAAUGGUGUCGCAGCAGUCGACGGACACGACGUCGCGGGGCUCUGGGUCGAGAAGACGUAUCUCGAGGUCGAAGACUCGUUCCCCACUGUCCUUCGGCGAAGCGAGGUGGCCGAGAUCCGGAUUAUCAAGAUCAGCCCGCUGGAGAAUGCGCUGAGCGACGUCGAGUCCAAGACGCAGGAGUUGAGCGCGCUCGAGACCAAGUUUGCUGCGCUCGCCAAAGUCUCAAAGCGAGGAGCCAACAUCAACACGAACCGGCUCUCGAUGGCGUUGAACGGCGCGGUGGAUGCGCCCGUGAAUGGAGGAAUCCCCACGUACAAGCGCGCCUUUUUCUCGCUCGGAUUCGUGUCGGCGCACCCCGAGGACGAGGAGAAGAUUCACAAGCUCCGAGAGGCAAUCGACGCGCAGGCCUCCGUCAUCUAUCGAAGCAUCGGUCUUCACGCCAAGCUGUGCCCGCCCGAGAUGAAGCCGUUCCACGAGACACUGGAGCGCUUUUUCGAGCAAAACUUUGCCGAUGAGAUCGCGAGAUUGGGCCUGGACAUGAGCGUGAUCAACGAGAGUGACGCUGCCACGCAGCAACAGCAGGACUCCAGCUACUCGUCGGCUGGUAUGGCGGACCCGAGCCGGCUCAGCCCGCUCGCGUACGAGGCGGGCAGCGAGACGAUGUCGAGCCCGCUGCAGAGACACAUUGCUUUCCUUGCGAGGCAGACUCAGCCUAUGAUGGUGAGCCCCACCCAACACGACGGGCGCGCCGCGAGGCUCGAAGACUCUUCUGGUGGCCUCACCAAUGGUCUCAACAACAGCUACGUGGGGGGCCAGCAGGUCGGAUCGAGUGGCGGCAUUGGUGGGAUGCCGAUUCAGAACACUGCAACGGUGGUGCCUGGGCAGGGUGGGGCGAAAUCCAUCGUCGGUGGAGCAUCCUUCCUCAGCACCGUGCCAGGCAACACCGUCGGCGCAGGAGCGAAAUCAACCAACGGAGACGCUGUCUCGUCCAAGGCACCACAGAGCAUCCGGUCGAGGGUUGUCGAUGGCCGCGAGAGGGCCUCGAAGCUCUUUGCGAGAAAGAAAAGUUCGACUUAGAAAGACUUUGCCGUCUUGAUUCCUUUUCGCUUUUCUCUGCUUGAUUUUUUCCUUCUUCUUCUCUACUUCUCCUCCUCUUCCGUCCGUCAUCUUUCUGGAUCUCAUCUUCAUCGUCUGUCCAAGUUUCGCCUUUUCCCUUCAUCUUGUCAGCCUUCCUUCCUCAAGAGCGUAGUUCGAAUUGACAGCAAUACCCUUCUU